AUGGAGUGCCCAGAGAGUGUCUGCACUGACGGCGUCUGCACUGACAGCGGCUGCACUGACAGCGGCUGCACUGAUAGUGCCUUCCCUGACAACAUCUGCACUGACAGGGCCUUCACUGACAGCGACUGCACUGAUAGUGCCUUCCCUGACAACAUCUGCACUGACAGGGCCUUCACUGACAGCGACUGCACUGGUAGCGCCUGCCCUGACAACAUCUGCACUGACAGGGCCUUCACUGACAGCGACUGCACUGGUAGCGCCUGCCCUGGCAGCUUCUGCAGUGACAGUGCCUGCACUGACAGCGUCUGCAGUGACAGUGCCUGUACUGACAGCAUCUGCACUGACAGUGCCUGCUGUGACAGCGUCUGCAGUGACAGCACCUGCACUGAUGGCGUCUGCACUGACAGUGCCUGCCAGUGA